AUGUCCGCGACUAGUAGCAAAGGUCCUGUUAUUGAUCCGGGUUUAUGUCGCUGUUGUGGGUCUAUGAAGAAAUGUAGAGUUUUAAAUGUUGAAUAUUCCUGUUUUGGAAAAAAAGAAGUGUAUUCCGAUAUGAUAAUGGAUUGCUUUGGAUUGUUGCUUUCACAUCUAGACAGUUUACCGACAGAGCGCCUAGUUUGCGCCUCUUGUGUGCACAAAAUCAGGGAUGCAUAUAUUUUUCGGCAGCAAGUGCUAAAAUGUGAAGAAGCAUUUCUGCAAGCAAAAAUUUAUGACAAUGAUGAUGUUAAUGAUGUAACCUCAACUACAGAACAGUCAAAAAUAAAAGUUAAAGAUGAAAUCCUUGAAGACGAUAUUCGGUCUCCAUCUCCUUGCCAAGAUAUAUUAGAAGAUAUGCCAUUAAGUGUCAUAAAGAAAGAAACAAGCUCUUCUAACAAUAUUAUCAAAACACAGGAAACAGCUAGUGAUGUGAAACCAGUAUUAAAGUCAACAAGGUUACAGAAAAAACAAAUUGUUUUGGGAAAAAAACCACCACCAAUUGUUAAAUCGAAAUAUGAAAGUGAUCAGCCUCCUGCAAAGAAAGCAAAAUCACUCUAUGACACACCAUCAAGUCAUCAAACCCAACAAUCAUCACAGGGGUCACAAAAUAUUAUUAUUGAAACUGGACAUCACCAAGAUCAGUUAAACACAAGACAUACUAUUAAUGUUAUAGUAAAUAAUAAUAAAAAAGAACGUCAAAAACGAUACAGGGAGCAGAACAGAGACAAAUUGAAGCAGCGUGAAGCGGAAAGAAGAGAAUGCAUACAACAUUCACAAAUUAUUGCCGGACCAUCUACCUCUUCAAAGACGAAUAGAAUAGAACUGAAUAAUGAAGAAAUAAUUACUGCUCAAAGCUCAUCUGGUUCGGAAAAAAUACAACCAUCAUCCAUUCAAAGAAAUGAUCAAGGUACUGAACUAAAUGCUCUCCAAAAAAAAAGAGAACGUCAACAAAGAUACAGGGAGCAGAACAGAGACAAAUUGAAGCAGCGUGAAGCGAAAAGAAGAGAACGCAUACAACAUUCACAAAGUAUUGCCGGACCAUCUACCUCUUCAAAGACGAAUAGAAUAGAACUGAAUAAUGAAGAAAUAAUUACUGCUCAAAGCUCAUCUGGUUCGGAAAAAAUACAACCAUCAUCCAUUCAAAGAAAUGAUCAAGGUACUGAACUAAAUGCUCUCCAAAAAAAAAAGAGAACGUCAACAAAGAUACAGGGAGCAGAACAGAGACAAAUUGAAGCAGCGUGA